UACAAGGCUGGAGACUUGUUGUGGUCCAGGUUCAUUCAGCAGAAGACACCUGCAGGAGACUGGGCAUUUGCUGGAAGAGAUGAUGAUGUAAGGGAAGGCGUGCUUGUUUUAUGUUUGUCUGCUAGCUGAACUGGAUCCUCUAUCUUCUCUGGUUUCUGUUUUUUAUACUGGACUGUCUGCCAUCAGGAACUAGAAGCCAUUCAGAGCUGAGCCGGACUAAGCCAAACAUCUGAACAACCAGUCUGAACAUGCAGUCCUUGACAGAGGAGAUCCAGAGUUUCUCUCGGACGCGACUGAGGAAGCAGUGCACCCGUGUGACGUCGCUGAGCGGCCGUCGCAUCAUUGAGACCUGGAAGGGUUCAACGAUCACCGUGGUGGAGGACCCCGUCCCCCCGGAGAAGAUUCUGGGAUAUAUCCCCGACACUUCCUGGGACCUGCAGGUCGGGGCUGUCAAGCCCUACCUGCUGCUGGGUUCUCAAGAUGCUGCACAUGAUUUUAGCACUCUGAGAAAACACAAGGUGUCUCACAUUCUGAACGUGGCCUUCGGUGUGGAGAACGUGUUUCCGGACCUGUUCAUUUACAAGACUGUCAGUAUCCUGGAUCACCCUGAUGCUGAUCUACUGCUUCACAUCCAGGACUGCUGUGACUUCAUUCAGCAGGCACACAAUGAGGAAGGCGUGGUGCUGGUCCACUGCAAUGCUGGCGUGUCCCGUGCACCGGCCGUGGUCAUUGGCUACCUGAUGUCAUGUGACGGCCAGUCCUUUGACGAUGCCCUCUCGCUGGUCAAAGCAGCUCGGCCUGCCUCCUCGCCCAACCCAGGCUUUCUGGAUCAACUGAGGAGCUACAAAAAGCAAAUGAUGAACGGAUCCAAACACUGAGGAGGGAAAACAGUCCUUUGAUUUUAGGAAAAACUGAAAUAAUAUAACCCUGAGCUGUAAAGAUUGAUUUGGUCAUCCAGAUUUCCAGAUUAUUUUCAGUCUUCCUUCUGUUUGUGCAGGCUUUUAGAGCAAAAUGACAUAAUUUCAGUUGUGUGAUGAUGAUGAUGAUGAUUAUUAUUAUUAUUAUUAUUAUUAUUAUUAUUAUUAUUAUUAUCAUUAUUAUUGUUAAUAAUAUUAUUAUUAAUAUGUCUUUUUUGUGUUUGGAUGCUGUCAACUCUGUGAUCAGAUUCAUAUUUGUGGGGAAAUAUGCUUCUCAGUUUGACCUGUCAUGACUCUUAAGGAACGCUGAGGUCCGACAAAUGUUAUUUCUAAUCA